AUGACCAGAAACUGGCUUGUUUCUCCUGAAAUAAAGAUUUUGAGAGGUGAACUUAAGCUCUACAAACGCUUACAACAGAAUACAAAUUUACAUCAGCAAAAGAGAGACGCAAACUUACAGCUUGUGAAAAUAUACCAGUUGCUCAAGCCAGCAGUUGAAAGGAAAGAAUUCCAGCGCCAUUUCCUUGGCAGUACAGUCAUUCUGUCAAAUGAUGAGAAGGCUGUAAUAUUUGACAUUCGAAAAACAGUUGAAUACUGGAUAAACUACCCACAGGAAAAUUAUGGUCUGGAACUUGAGUUGAUUCCUUGGUUUGCCAGUCACAAACACACUCCAGAAGACAAAGUGACCAUUGAAGCAGAGCUGGAAAUAGAAAUGCAAAAGGUUUUUAAAGAGGUCCGCACACGCCGUGAAAGCCAUACAGAGGACUGCCAGAGAAAUCAAAUACAAUGUUGUAGGCGGCCAUUAUAUGUUUCUUUUGACGAGAUUGGAUGGUCAGAUUGGAUUAGGGCCCCUCUAAGUUACAAUGCCUUUUACUGUGAGGGUACUUGUCCUCAAAAGUACAAACUUGCCACAAUGCAUACACUAAUCAAAUCAAAGAUGAAUCAUCUUUCUAAUGGAGCUAUUCCUGCACCUUGUUGCGUUCCUGCAUCCUAUGAACCACUAACUCUCCUGCAUUUUAACAGUAACAGCAAAUUAACACUUACAGCAUUUGAUGACAUGAUUGUGUCCAGAUGCCAUUGCUCAUAA